CCACCAUCUUCAGUCUACGCGGAGUGGAGGACUGCUGUGCUACUGCUGCUGCGUGCUAUCAUCACUCCGUCAAUGCUUCGUCCCGCCGUCGAUGAGAUACGCGGCUGAAAGAUCGCCCGCCGGCGUCCAGAAGCCCAACACAGGGAGGUUCAAUGUGUUGGUGCAUGUCGGCGGGGCCAUCUAUGUCGUGUACAAGCACAUAUACAUGGGCGGCGGUGACAGGGCCUUGCUUCCAUCAUCCAUCACCAUUCUCGCCGUCGGUGUUGCCAAGUAUGUGGAGAGGGUACUGGCGCUUUGGCAAGGCAACCUGGGCAACAUCCGGAGCUCAAGCAAGAAGAAGAAGAAGAAGAAGAGGCAACGAAGGAGAUACACCGAUGGCUCGGGCUCCGCAAGCGGAACGGUGCUGGACAAUGAGCAAGCCCUGAUGGUUGCCCACGACAUGUUCCCGUUCUGCCAGCGUGCAAUGACCGAUUCUUCUGUCAACAUGGAUUCAUCUGACCUUGAAGCAACCAAAGUCAUGUUCUCUUUUGGGUGGGAGAGUAUGUGCAAGGUGGUGGAGAUGGAGCUUUCUCUCAUGUACGACAUCCUCUACACCAAGGCAGCCAUGGUCCACACCUGGGUCGGCUACUCGAUCCGGCUUGGUUCACCGGUCGCCACCUUCACGGCGCUGGUUCUGUUUCUGCUGUACAGCAAAGACGGCCAGAGGAGAGCACUGAUGCAUGGCAGGAGCGCGGCUGCGGCACAUGCCAAGGCCAUCAAGGCGCUGUCCGAGUACCUGAUGUUCCUCGUCGCCGUGCGCCGGCACAUGCUACCGGGCCUUGUUCUUCGCAGCCUGUAUGAAGUGACCUUCGAUGCUUUGCAGGACAUUGGGCGCAAACAGGCCGUCAGCAGCCGUUCGACGACGACCGGCAGGGAGAGGGAGGGGAAGCUUGCAAGGACUCUGCGUGACAAGAUGGAUGCAGAUGGCGAGUGGGGUUUGGAUCAUGAUAAAACCCGUCUCGUCUCCGACGGAGCAAAUAUUGCCAUGGCGCUGCUAGAGGCCGAUGAGUCGGAGAUGCCGGAGGUGCUGGAGCUCGUCUUCAACGUGUGGGUGGACAAGCUGUUGUACGCGGGCACCCGAUGCAGCCGGGAAUCCCAUGCCAGGCAGCUCAGCCGAGGGGGUGAGCUCACGACCGUCGUCUGGAUUUUGGCACAACAUGUUGGCCCGUUUCAGAUCGGCCAAUGCGUUCCAGAUGAUAAGAAACGAGAUCUUCCUCCACCGUGCCCGCUUCCGGUACCCAAGGCCAUGGAGGAACCUUAUCCGCCACCGUUCAUGAUGUAUCUUCCGCCGUCGACCGCACCGUGGCUACCGUCGCCGCAAUACGUCGAACCACCCAAAAAGGAGGAACCUUGUCCGCCGCCGUUCAUGUAUCCUCCACCGUCGACUGCACCGUGGCCACCACUGCCGGAGAGUCCGCUGCCGCCACCACCGCCACCCAUGGAGAGGCGUAGACGGUAUGCUACGCUGUAUCCAGUGGACUGAGUGAUAUCGAUCAGUUUGUUUAGUGAUCAUAUUUUUUUUUCCUUUUCGUUGAGGGGAUCUCAACA